UAGUUAAUCCACCUUCCUUACAAGGCUACUGCUAGAAGCUGGCUUUCCCCUCCCUUUGAAAAAGAGCAGAGCCAGAGCUGACAGCAGCAAAGGAGGCUGAAAGAAGAGCGGGACCGUGGCUCCAGGUCUUUUGGAAGAAGCAAAUGCAGCGUGGCUUCAACAGCUCAGUAUCCUUGUAGUCUCUGUGCAGCCCAGGCCCUGGAGAAGGGGGCAAGUUCUUCCUAAGGAAAAUACAAAACACAUACGAAGCCAUCUGCAGAUAAUUGUGGGUGGAAAUGCUCUAGAAAGGCAGCUCCAAAGAGCAUUCGUGGCAAGAGCUGCAGUGAAUCAGGAUCAUAGUGAACCACUGGCCAGCUGUAGAUUUCCCUGGAGGCAUCCUACUACCAGCUCAUUCCUCAUGACUGCUCCACCCUGCCUGCUUGGGACUGGGUGAUGAAGAUGGAGGUUCUGCGCCGCUCUUCUGUCUUUGCUGCAGAAGUCAUGGAAGUGUUUGAUCGGACUCCUACAGACAAGGAGCUUGUAUCGCAGGCCAAAGUGCUCUGCAGAGACUUCAUUCACUCCAGGCUGAUUCGGGCUGGAAUUGGCUGGAACAAGCCUGAGCAAAGCACACCUGUUCCUGGUGGCAAGUUAGCAGAAGUGUCCAACAUACUUCUAAGAUUAGGUGAUGAACUGGAGUACAUCAGGCCCAACCUGUACCGGAAUGUGGCACGGCAGCUAAACAUCUCGCUGCACUCGGAAACCGUGGUAACAGAUGCCUUCCUAGCAGUGGCAACUCAGAUCUUUACUUCAGGCAUAACAUGGGGUAAAGUAGUGUCUCUCUAUGCCGUGGCAGCAGGCCUUGCUGUGGACUGUGUAAGACACGCCCAGCCAGCGAUGGUCCAUACCAUUGUGGAUUGCCUGGGAGAAUUUGUACGGAAGACUUUGGUGACGUGGAUGAAGAGGAGAGGAGGCUGGACCGAUAUAACGAAAUGCGUGGUGAAUACUGAUCCCAACCUUCGCUCACAUUGGCUUGUGGCUGCUAUUUGUAGUUUUGGCCACUUCCUGAAGGCCAUCUUCUUUGUGCUUUUACCAGAAAGAUGAUAUCCAAUUGCCUAUUGAAACCCCGUCUCCUUCUCACAGACACAGCUGACACAGAGAAGGGGAAGAAAUGAGAUAAUGAUGGAGAGGGGCUGGGCAAAUGUACAUUCCACUUGUCUGGCUUUCCCAGCUGCCUCAGUGCAAAGACUCUUUCUUCAGCAAUGGGGAACAUUUCUCCUGAUUACUUCUUACAGCCAAGUGACUUUUGUGCUUUCUAAGUUGCUGGGAUCCUGUAUGUAAGGUUGGGAGGCUGUUGGACUUGCCAGUCAGUUAUUUAUUCUUUUCCUCCCGUUCAAAUUGUGUCACGUUUUUAUAUGCAUACACACUUAAGAAAUCCUACUUGGAGUUGCUAUUAAGAAGCAGUCUGCCCCCUUCAUUUGCAAAAUGACAACGGCUCCUUUGUUUUUUAGUCAGUCAGUAGAUUCUUCCCAUCUUCCCUAAACAUGGUGUCCUUGAGCCCCUGGCUAAUGUUGUUGUAAGAUGGAUGUUUUCUGUAACCACCUGAAAUAUGCAGUUGUCUUAAGUCACCACAACUCUGUCACCCUCUGCCUGAGGGAUUUUCUUGUUAUUAAAA